AUGUCUUCCGACCCCAACUUCGAAAACGGCUCCUCCAAGCGAUCCAGGCCCCCUCCGCCUCCCCUCAGCGUACCUCCCGGCCACGUGGCCUUCCGUAUGCUCUGCCACGCGUCGCGCAUCGGUGGCGUCAUCGGAAAGUCAGGUAGCGUGAUCAAGCAGCUACAGCAGGCCACCGGGGCCAAGAUCCGAAUCGAAGAAGCCCAAGUCGAGUCGCCGGACCGGGUAGUGGUGGUCGUCGCUCCGAGCGCAAUCCGUUCCAAGAUUUGGCUGAGAACUCCAGGCCUCGAAAAUGUUAAUGUUGGUGGUGGUGGUGGGGAAGAGGAGAUUGAAGUUUCGAAGGCGCAGGAGGCGCUUCUGAGAGUGUUCGAGAGGAUUCUUGAGGUGGCGGCGGAGACCGGGGCGAUUCCGGCGGAUGUUGGGGUGGUUUCGUGCCGGUUUCUGGCGGAGGCAGCGCAGGUCGGGUCGGUGAUAGGGAAGGGCGGUAAGGUGGUGGAGAAGAUUAGGAAAGAGACUGGUUGUAAAAUUAGGGUUUUGAAUGAGAAAUUGCCGGCUUGUGCAUUUUCUACGGACGAGAUGGUCGAGAUAGAAGGGGAUAUUUUUUCUGUAAAGAAAGCACUUAUUGCUGUAUCUGGCCGUCUUCAAGAUUGUACACUAGUUGACAAGACACGGAUGACUGGAAGCAGGCCUCUGGAGGCAGUUCCUUAUGAGUCUUUACCUGAUCUCCAUUUAGAUCAUCUUUCACAGAGGAACUCAAUGCUUACCUCUUUGCCAAGCAGCUCCAUGAGUUAUGCUUCAGGAGUUCGUCCACCAUCAAUCGAGGCUGAAAGGAUCCCCACACUAGAAACAAAAAUGGUACAGCAGGAAGUUACUUUCAAGAUUCUUUGUGCCAAUGAUAGGGUUGGGGGUGUAAUUGGAAAGGGGGGUGCCAUUGUCAGGGCCCUUCAGAAUGAGACAGGUGCUGCAAUAAGUAUUGGACCAUCUGUGGCUGAGUGUGAUGAACGAUUAAUUACUGUUGCUGCAUCGGAGAGUCCUGAAUCACGGUACUCGGCAGCACAAAAGGGUAUUGUUCUUGUUUUCUCAAGGUCCGUAGAAGCAGGCAUUGAAAAAGGGCGAGACUCAAGCUCAAAUAAAGGGUCAUCUCUUACUGCACGGCUUGUAGUCCCAUCAAACCAAGUUGGUUGUUUGCUGGGAAAAGGGGGUGUAAUAGUUUCAGAGAUUCGGAAGGUAACUGGUACUGGUAUACGAAUAAUAGGCGGUGACCAGGUCCCAAAGUGCGCCUUAGAGAAUGAUGAAGUUGUACAGAUUUCAGGAGAUUUUUCAAGUGUGCAAGAUGCUUUGUACAAUAUUACUGGUAGAUUACGAGAUAACCUUUUCUCCAGCACAGUAAAUAAUUCUGGAAGAAGGAGCAGUUCAUCCAUGCUAACCGAUACCAGUCCUUAUGGAAGACUAAGGGAUCCUACUCCUAUUGGAUUUCAGCCAUCAUCAUCAGUUGGUGUUAAUCAUGGUCUCAGUCGACAUACAACUCUAACUCAAAGUAUGGAUCAUCUUGGACUUUCUCAUAGUUUAGAUCAUCCUUCCUCCUCACCAAGGCCAUGGGCAUCGCAGAUGGUAGCUUCAAGGGGCAUCACUGAUACUGGCAGGGGUUUGACUUCGCUAAAAAGUGGCACAGAACUUGGCAGUGGAAACAAAUCUGCUAUUGUGACGAAUACAACUGUAGAGAUCAUAGUUCCUGAAAAUGUUAUUGGCUCUGUGUACGGGGAGAAUGGUUCCAAUUUGGCUCGUCUAAGACAGAUUUCUGGUGCCAAGGUCAUAGUGCAUGAGCCUCGUCCUGGAACAACCGACAGGAUUAUUGUCAUAUCUGGGACACCUGAUGAAACCCAGGCAGCACAGAGCCUCUUACAUGCAUUCAUUCUUACGGGACCAUCAUGA